ACUUAAACACACAACACAACCCUCUUCUCUCUUUACCUUCUUAACGCACCAAGCGAAGCGAAAAGCGCUUUCUAACUUAAGUGAUGGCGAACGCAGCUGAAGUUUCAGCCUUGAACCGCAUCAAACUGCAUCUUUUGGGUGAACUCUCUCCACUGGCCACUCCCCUAAACUAUUUUGAUGAAUCAAACCCUAGCCCCUCUGAAUCUUCCAAUUCCCAAUCUUCUUCUGUUUCUCUUAACCACUACUUCACUGACCUCUUCGAAUUCGACUCCAAACCCCAAAUAAUCGACCUCCAAACUCCCAAAACACUAACUUCAGCUCAGAAGAAACCUCAAUUGAAUCGGAAACCGUCGCUGCUAAUCGCUGUUCCAAAGAAGACCGAGUGGAUCCAGUUCGGGAGCCCGGAUCCGAACCCGGUGAUGGCUGCGCCGGAGAACCUGCCGCAGAAGAAUCACUACAGAGGUGUCCGGCAGCGGCCCUGGGGCAAAUUCGCCGCCGAGAUCCGCGACCCGAACAAGCGCGGCUCUAGGGUUUGGCUCGGAACCUUCGACACCGCCGUCGAAGCCGCCAAGGCCUACGACCGAGCCGCCUUCAGACUCCGCGGCUCCAAGGCCAUCCUCAACUUCCCCCUCGAAGUUAGCGCCGUGGCGGAGACCGUCUCCGUCGCCGCCGCCGAAGGCAACGUCGAGAGAAAGCGCCGCCGCGAGGAAGAGGAGGUGGUGGUGGAGGAAGUAAAGCCGGUGGUGAAGAAGGAAAAGAUAACGGAACAGGAUGUGAGUUGUUUUAGGGAGAUGCCGUUAACGCCGUCUAUGUGGACCGGGUUCUGGGACAGUGACGUCAAGGACAUUUUCAACGUUCCGCCGUUGUCGCCGUUAUCUCCUUUUGGAUUUUCACCGCUCGUGGCGGUGUGAAAUUUCUAAUUUAGCACUGCGUUUUUUCGUGUUUAAGUUACAGCGUCCUGUAUGGGGAUGAGUACAGUGUACAUUUGACGAAUUUGUUAAUUCAACAAUCUUUUAUUCACUUUUAUUUGCUA